CCGAUAAGAAAUUAAUUUAAAAGAAAUUCUCUAGGUAGAUUUUCAAACUCUUUUUUUUUUUUUUGUUAAUUGGCAGUAAACUUAUUUAAAAUACUGAAAAAUGGCAAAUUGGGUCUAUAAAAUUCCUUCACAGUUUCAACCAUCCGGUUUCAUAUCGGCUCUGAGAACGUUCUUAGGCGGACGUAAAUUCAAACCCAAUGUGAGAAUGGCCAAUGAAGUGUCUGCUGCUACUCAACCACCUCCAAACGUUCCGGGCGGACCCCAUCAUAAAGUAAACAACAAUUAUUAUUGUGUUCGGGACGCACGCCAUGAAGUAACUCCGCCAAUAGUUGUUGUGGAGCAAUCUACUCAAUAUAUUGAAAAUGCAAAGAUACCAGCUGGAGAAUCCGUCAAAACGACUCAACUGCCUCUCCCGGGAAAAGUAUACCACUGGGAUUGAACAUGACGUUUUAGUUCAAUUAACGUACAUAAUUAAAAGUGUUUUCAAUUUGUUUUGAUCUUGUAAAGAUGUAGAAGUAUAGAUAUGUUUAAUGUGAUGAAUUACCUACUCACUAAUAAAAUGUGUAUACAAUUAUUGUAAUGUACAA